AUGAAGCUCUCUCAGCUCACUGUCGCUUUCGCAGCUCUGCUGUCCACCGCUGUGGCCCAGAUAGACGACCUGCCCAACUGUGCCAAAGACUGUCUCACGGGCGCCUUUCCCGCCAACUGUGGAGCUGACAUCAAGUGCGUCUGCACUACCGCGUCCUUCCUCAACGACAUUGCCUGCUGCAUGGUUGGCAAGUGCAACGAGGAAGAGCAGCAGAAGACUCUGGGCAUCGCCAACACGGUUUGUGCCAAAGGUGGCGUGACUGAUCUUCCAGCCUCCAUUGCCUGCUCGUCCGGUGCCUCAACUUCGGUCUCGACUUCUGCCUCGACUGAAUCAAAGACCUCGACUGCCACUGAAACUGUUCUCACUGCCGCUACCAGCAAAGACACUACUACCAAGGAGUCCACUGCGACCGACAGCAAGACCUCCGCCCCUAGCACCAAUCAUUCAGAGAGUGCUUCCUCCACUGCGAGUAGCAGCGAAACCAAGUCCACUGCUUCCUCAACCGCCUCGUCAUCCUCUGCCGCUCAAACCUUAAAUGCUGCUGUCCUCGGCCAAGUCAAGGAUACCUCGCUGGUGGCUGCAGCCGGUGCCGCCGCCGCUCUGGCUUUCUUCGCUUAG